AUGGAGGAUCCCAUCCGUUGUUUGCCCACCUUGUCCGAGCCACGGCAGCUCCGCCUCGAGGACGCUUGCCGGUGGCAUCAGGCACAGACAGCGCAACAUGUGGCCAAACAUCUGGGGGAAAGGACCGCUGACAUGGUGGCUGAUGGGGAGGCUCGGUCCCAGCGCAGAUACAACACCUGGGCGAUGUCCUCAUUGGUGCCUGAAGAAGCGCAACAUUGGAAGGCCAAGGUCCUGCCCUUCUUCGAUGAGCUGGCAUCCACUUGCGCAUCUUCCAGGCGAUCCCCGCAUUGGACGGCCGAGAGCUUCUUCGAUGCACAAGCCUCGAGGAGCUCACAGACCUGGAAAAGUGCCAGCAGCGCAGAGAAGAGCCCCAAGUCAGCAGGCCCAAAGCGAGUGGCGGCUUCCACCAAAGCGCCCAGCACGCCGGAAGAGGUGGGCCACUGGCUCUCUUCCCAUGAUGCACUUCAGAGCGUCAAAGGCGAUCCAUUAAAGAGCUCGUGUGGCUGGUCUUCGGGCUUUCGCCGAGACCCCAUGAGUACGGAGGAAGUGCUCCAGGUUCGGAUCAUGGAGCGUAGCAACGCGGCCUUCGCCAAGCGGAGGAAGGACGAGCGCAGCUCAUGGGCGGUGCGGUUUGCAGUUUUGAUGGCUCACCUUGCCUCCAGUCGCGGCCGGGCGCUGCUGCACGGCAAGGAUGUCUUGGAGCUGGGCGCGGGCAACGGUGCUUUGGCCAAAGCCGUGGCGGUGAACGCCCAGCCGCGGAAGUUGGUGGCCACGGAUCUGCCACAUCGGGUCGAGGAACUGCAGAAUGUUUUGCAUGGAACGGGGGUCCGUGCGGCAGCCCUCCACUGGGGCGACGCUGCAGCAGUGGCCCAGCUAUGCCGCGAGCACUUCGGCCGGCCGCACGCGCAAGUGGUGCUCAUCAGCGAUUGUCUCUACACCAACUGGGUUGAGGAUAGCGCUCAUCUGCUGGCGAAGACCUUACAUGCAGCCUUAGCCUCUGAGAGUAUUGCUUUGUUGGCCUAUUUGCCCAGAAGUGGCCCUUUGGAGGCUCAUUUCUUCGAGUGCGUUCAGCACGUCUACGGCUUGCAGACCUUGCCCAAGCCCUUGCCCGAUUACUACUUGCUGAAAGCCAUGGACGAGGCACGCGAGUUCCAAGAAGAGGAACUUCGUGCAGUACGUCUCUUUGAGAUCUCAGCCGUUCGGCUCCAUUCCUGCAUUCCUGGAGUCAAAUGA